AAGCAUAAGGCGUUUAUUACUACUACUUUUAUUAUUAUUUACUCUGUCGGAUGUCGAGGAGUAAAAAAUGCAAGUGUGUUAUGGUUUUGGGCAUCAAUUCAUUAAAAUGUGAAAAGCAUUUUCAGUUGAAUGUUGUGGCCAAACACGACUGUGCAUGUGCGAGGUCGGAAAGCAGCACGCUUUAUGACCGCCAUGCAGACUAAAGGCCAGCAGUUCAUCAGCACAAUAUGGACCACAAUACUGUGCGCUACUGCGCAUGAGCAGAACACUCACUCACUCACACACGCACGCACACACAUACAUACACACAACUACAGAGUCGAGCAAGCCGUGUAUUAUGCCGCUUCGAUGCAAUAAAAAGCUACCGGAAAAUCUGCAAGGAAACGCUACUGGAGCUGCUUGGAGUGAAAACAAAUAAAGGUUUCUGAGAUAUGUGAACAUCUUCGAACGUGUUUCAUUAACGGAGCACUGAAAUGAUUCAUUUGAUUCUUGUAUCAGACCACACUUUGGGGCUACAUUGUCAAGAUUGCUGACGCUCAGGUCCUGAGAUGGGAUGUGUCUGUCGAGGAGGGAGUAAGGAGAAGAAAGAGGAACUCUGUAAUCAUUAGAGAAAUACAUCCAGGUCCAACCUCAAUCGAGCCACGUUCUCCUCUCCGCUGUCCAUGAUGUCGGUGGUCACAUCUCCCACCCAGGCUGCUCCCGCUAUAGUCAACCCCCCUCCACCUGAAGUGACGAACCCCAGCAAGCCUGGCCGAAAAACCAACCAGCUCCAGUACAUGCAGAAUGUUGUGGUGAAGACGUUGUGGAGGCAUCAGUUUGCAUGGCCUUUUUACACACCUGUGGAUGCCAUCAAAUUAAAUCUUCCAGACUAUCACAAAGUCAUCAAGAACCCAAUGGACAUGGGGACGAUCAAGAAGAGACUUGAGAAUAAUUACUACUGGACAGCUGGUGAAUGCAUGCAGGAUUUCAACACUAUGUUCACAAACUGUUAUAUAUAUAACAAGCCUACAGAUGAUAUUGUUCUUAUGGCUCAAGCUUUGGAAAAAAUUUUCCUCCAGAAGGUGGCACAGAUGCCCCAGGAGGAGGUGGAACUGCUGCCACCACCUCCAAAAGGCAAGGCACGCAAGCCGGGUUCUGUUCCUGCUUCAGAAGCUCAGCAAGCUUCAGCACUGUCCUCGACCUCCCCGUCCUCGUCAUGUCCAAGCUCUCCUCCACAGCCGCCUCAAACUCCUGUAAUUGCAGCGACACCUGUACCGACCAUCACCUCUAACGUCCAGGCGGUUCCACCAGCUGCGCCCAUGAUCCCAAGCGCACAGCCUGUUGUCAAAAAGAAGGGGGUAAAGCGGAAAGCUGACACUACCACUCCUACCACCUGUGCUAUCACAGCCAGCAGAGGUGAGUCUCCACCUCCCCUGUUGGACACCAAACACAGCAAAGUGAUCUCCAGACGCGAAAGCACCGGUCGACCCAUCAAACCCCCGAAGAAGGACUUGGACGACGGCGAGCUCCUGCAGCAGGGGAGCAAGAAGAGCAAACUGAGCGACCACCUCAAAUACUGUGACACCAUCCUGAAAGAGAUGCUGUCCAAGAAGCACGCCGCCUACGCUUGGCCUUUCUAUAAACCCGUGGAUGCAGCAGCACUGGAGCUGCAUGACUACCAUGAAAUCAUCAAGCAACCUAUGGACCUCAGUACAGUCAAAAAAAAAAUGGACAGCAGAGAGUACCAAGAUGCCCAAAGCUUUGCAGCAGAUGUCCGGUUAAUGUUCUCAAAUUGCUAUAAAUAUAAUCCGCCUGAUCAUGAGGUUGUUGCCAUGGCAAGAAAACUUCAGGAUGUAUUUGAGAUGCGUUUCGCUAAGAUGCCAGACGAGCCUGCUGAGCCCUCGUCUCCUGGAGGCACCUCUGCCACGGCGGUUGUAAGUAAGAGCACAGGGAGCAGUGAGAGCAGUGCCGACUCGUCCAGCUCCAGCUCUGACUCGGAGGAGGAAAGAGCCACCCGCCUGGCAGAGCUGCAGGAGCAGCUUGCUAGAAAGUUAUGGUCAAAACUCAGGGCCCAACAGUGGCAGCAUGGCCAUGCUGGAGCUUCAGGCCAUGACCUUUUAAUCAACCCACCAAUACAGUCACUAGACAACGAAGGAAAAUGUUUCAAAUCCACAAACAAGCUGAAGGCUGUUCACGAACAGCUGGCCGCUCUUUCGCAGGGCCCCGUCAGCAAACCAAAGAAGAAGAAAGAAAAGAAAGAAAAGGACAAGAAGAAGAAAGACAAAGAGAAAGACAAGGCCAAGGCCAAGGUGGAGGAAGAGAAGAAGACCAAGUCCUUGCAGCAGAAUAAGCCGAGUCAGCCCAAAAAGAGUUCAGCCAGGAAACCCAACAGCACAUCUACUACCAGGCAACCGAAAAAAGGCACCAAGCCCACUGGGGCAAAUUACGAGUCGGAUGAAGAGGAAGCACUUCCCAUGUCAUACGAUGAAAAAAGGCAGCUUAGCCUGGACAUCAACCGGCUGCCUGGUGAGAAACUGGGCCGUGUGGUGCAUAUUAUCCAGUCCCGUGAGCCAUCGCUGCGUGACUCCAACCCAGACGAGAUAGAAAUCGACUUUGAGACGCUCAAGCCGUCGACACUGCGCGAGCUCGAGCGCUACGUCAAGUCCUGUUUACAAAAGAAGCAGCGCAAACCAUUACCGGGCACUGGGAAAAAGAGUGCCAAGACUAAAGAGGAACUGGUUCAGGAAAAGAAGAAAGAGUUAGAAAAGAGGCUGCAGGACGUGAGCGGACAGCUGAACAACAACAAGAAACCGCCCAAAAAAGCAGAGAAGGCAGGCUCCGCACCAGGGGGUGGGCCAUCUCGGCUGAGUGGCAGCAGCAGUUCUUCUGACACGGGCAGCAGCAGCUCCAGCGGCUCCAGCUCCGAGACCAGCGACUCGGACUGAGCUCUCGACAUGUACACUUCAACCUCCUCCAUUUUUCUAAUGAGUAGUGUUUGCUGUCCUGAUAGUGUCUCACCUGAAGAUCUGUUACAUAUGGAGUUAGAAGCUAAAGACAGAAGAUAUUUUAAAAUAACCUGUUGUAGAAUGCCCUUGGCUCGGAUAAAGACGUAUACGGAUAAAGAUAGCUGACAGUGGAAACAGAGGUGGCCCUCAAAGGGAAACACUUGGUCAUCGCCAGAAAAGAUAUUUUUGUGGUGGUGGAGUUUGAGUUGUUUGUUUCCUCCCCCUGAGUUCUUGCUCAGAAGAACCCAAUAACAGGUGCAUAUUUAAUGACUGACAAACACCUGGCCGUGUUUCAGUAAAUUAGUAGCUUCAUCAUGUAGGAAAGUGUGAAGGAGCAAGCAGUUAACUUUCUCUCUUUCUGCAUUGAUGGUCAUGUAAGCAUGACGGUUCAACUCAUUCCACCUUUCUUUUACAGGUAACGAUAAUAACUUAUCAUUGCCAUUUUAAAGAACUUUAUUUAUUUUUCACCUGGUAUGGUUCAUCUCCUGGUUUGCCAGGAGUUACAGAAAUAUCAAGAAUUCAGUGGAACUUAAAAUUAAAAAAUUGAUGCAUCAUGACUCAGUAGAGUGAACAGGUGAUGCUCUGGGUCGUACCAUGACUUGUUGGUUUCUCCCCAAGUGUCAGUAAAGUUCAAAGCUGUAUUUUGAGAGGCGUGUGUGUAGUCUGCAGUAGUUUCAGUUGUCAGCGCUGUAAUUUCCUUCUCUCACAGUGCUUCUCUCAUUCAGUAUUUGAUGUAUAAUUUUGUCUAUUGUUUUUAUUUUAACUACAUUAUACAUUCUCAAUAAUGGGUUUGUUUUUAUACAUAAUUUGAACAUACUCAACUUUUUUCACUAAUGAUAUUUCAGUAAUGAUAUACCCAAUGUUUUUUUCCUACAGCUUCUGAAAUCCAUUAUAUUAAUCACCACUAUUUUUGAAUGACCAGUAAUUCACAAAACUGUAUUAUUUAUUAUAAAAGCAUAAUUGGCUAUAUGAGUCAAACGAAAAUCCCUGUGAGGAGCCCAUAUUAAACAGUCUGAUAUGUGCUGCUCCUCUUUGGCAAACUCUCUAAUCCAGGAUGCUUUGCUCUUGUGGAAUACUAGUAGUCUGGUCCUCCUGUCUAUGUCCCAGUACUAAAGAGGAUUUUUGUCUCAUAAAUCGUAAAGACAAACAGCAGUACUCUGUAUAUUCAGCAGGUUAUGUUUAGUCAUUUUUAAAGUAUUACACUAAUGACUCUUCUCUCUUUUAUAAAUAGAUUUUUUUUUUAAUGACCAACUUUGGAAUACUGCAUUACAUGCUUUGAGUGGUACUUCAAUGCUGAAAAGAAGUUCUUGGUAUAUUUUUAUCGUCUUUGAACGGAUUACUGCUGAAAUCCUACAUAACCGAACAACAUGAUGGAUAUCAUUUUGUUUGUUUGUUUAUUUUUAUAUAUAUAAAUAUAUAUGUAUUUAUCUACAGUGGAUCAAACCCUGUCCUGUGUCCUCAAAACAGUCGAUGUUCUCUCAUUGCCUUAAGUUUAGUGCUUGAAAUAAUGGAAGAACUGAAUUGAAACUGUUAAGCCAGGAUUGAUCCUUUUUUUUUCUUUCUUUCUUUUUUUUCCUUUCUUUCUUUUCCCUUCUCAACUCGCAUCAUGUUGAAAUGCUGAUAUCAAGAUAUGGGAUGUGAAUUUAGUGCUCUCUCUCUCUCUCUCUCUCUCUCUCUCUCUCUGUUGAGUGUUACUUUUCCCCCAUGGUCGUCACUGGCAUAUCUCUUCCUCUUCCACUAAACAAAAGGAAAAAAGCAUAAGUUGUUUUUUUUUUUUUUAAA